AUGAAUUCCUCUCCCUCCACUCCCGGUAUUCCCCCCAGCCUACUCCAAUUGUGGCAGGAGGAGAACCAGACCCAGGGCGGUUUCUGGAAUGGAAGCCAGGAGCUGGGCUGGGAAGAGCUGGAGGAGAUGCUGUUCCUCUUCGCCAAGGAGCCCAUCACCAUCAGCCUGACUGCCAUGUACCUCGUGUCCUUCGUGGUGGGCUUUGUGGGGAACAUCAUGUCCAUCAGGGUGCUGACGCGGAAGCGCCGGAGCCGGGUGUCCAGCCUGAGUGCCACCCGCAGCCUCCUCAUCAACCUGGCGGUGUGUGACCUCAUGGUGGUGUGUGUCUGCAUGCCCAUCACAGUGGGCAACCUCAUCUACAAAGCCUGGGUGUACGGGGACUUCCUCUGCCGGGCUGUGCCCUUCAUCCAGGCUGUUUCCGUCUCUGCCAGCGUUCUCAGCCUGACCGUCAUCAGCGUGAACCGGUACUACAGUGUGCACAACCCGCUCAAUGCCCGCUCCUUCUUCACCCAGAAGAGGAUCCUCAGUGCCAUCCUGGUGGUGUGGUUGCUGUCCUCAGGAAUAUGCAUGCCCCUCAUCUUCAUGAACAGACGGGAUGAGAUUGGGGUAGUGGAGGGCUUGCCCCUGGUGUUCUCCAUCUGCAGGGAGAUUUGGCCUCAGGAGAGGCUCAAGCAAGCCUAUAACUUUCUGCUUUUCUGUGCCCUUUACUGCCUGCCAGUCCUGUUCAACAUGGUCAUCUGCUUCCUGACGGUACGCCGGCUGUGGAGCCGCAGCAGCCAGCUGAAGGAGAGCAGUGCCCUGAACCGCUCGCUGCCAGCCUCCAGGCUGAAGAUUCGCAAGAAGGUAGCCCAGAUGGUGGUGGCCCUGGUCCUGCUGUUUGCCGUCUCCUGGCUGCCCGUCUACCUGAUGGACAUCUGGAUCGAUUUCAACAUCCCCAAGUCUUUGCAGGAUGUGACUCCUUCUCCUUGGAUCCUGCAGCUCAGACCUUUCGCCCAGUGGCUUGGCCUGAACAAUUCCAGCCUCAACCCUAUAUGCUAUUGUUUUGUUGGGAACCUCUACAGAUCAGCCAAGGAAAUGAAGAGCAAAUACCACCAAAGAAUGAUCUCUCUCUUUAACUUCUCUCUGUCCGAAGGGACAACCCGUUCCUCAGUCCCAGAGCUGUUCUCCUACCAGAGCCCAAUGGAGCCUGCAAGGAAAGGACGCUCUGCUACACCUACCAUGGGCAAGAGGGCCCAGGGAGACCCUGGCACUAAGAACAAGGGUGGACACUUGAAGUCUUGCCAGCACCCACCUCUGAACACUGUCUCCAGUGAGAACACUUCCUUAUGA